AGCGAGCCCAUCAGUGCGGUUCACAAACACCAGGGUGUUUCCCUGGCUCAGUCACGGCAUAGUAAUUAGUGUUCUCCUGGGACACCCGCCCACUGCUUGUGUACACCUCCCUCCCUCCACAGUUCUCCCUCGCCCACUCUGCCACCUCUCUCUGUCACUCCCCCCAAUGGCCUCCCUCCCUCCACAGUUAUCCCUCUCCCACUCUAACUCCCCCUCCCUCCCCCUCUACCUGUCCUUCCUCCUCUCACUUCUACCCCCUCCCUCCCUCUCUCCAGUUCUCUCUCUCCCCUCCAAUCUCCUCCCUUUCCCACACACCUUCCCUCCACAGUUCUCCCUCUCCCACUCUAACAUCUCCCCUCUCCCUCUCUGUCCUUCCUCAUCUACCCCCUCCCUCCCUCUCUCCAGUUCUCUCUCCACAAUCUCCCCCUUCUCCCUACCCCCUCUCUCUCCCACACUCCUCCCUCUCUCCCAUCCUCUCUCUCCCUCCCUCCUCUUUUGCUAUUUCUCUUCUACAUCCCUCUCUUCUCUCCCUAUCUCUCUCUUACCUCUCCCUUCCUUCACAUUUCUCCAAUCUCUCCCCUUCCUCUCCCUCUUUCAGCCACUCAUUCCCCCAUUUCUCUCCCACCCCCUCCCUCUCGCCCUUUUGCUGUGUUGUCUCUCCCACCACCCUACCCCUCCCUCCUUACUCUCUCAUUCCCAGCCUCUCAAUCUCAAUCCUUCCUCCCCUCCCUCACUCCUCCUUUCCCUCCCCCCUUUCUCCCACCUGCCUUCUUGCCCUUCCUUCUGACCCAGCCUACCUCAAUGUGGCGGUGAGAGGGACAGGAAGGGGUGGAAGGAUGGGAGGCAAGAAGGGCAGGGCGGUAUCAGGGGCACAUGGGGGUACAGUAGAAUCUGGAGUGGUAGGUACAGGAGGAGAGGGAGGGAAGGGUGAGGAAAAUAAGAGGGUGAGAGAGAAGAGGGGUUUGCGAUAUUGAGAGAAACAGGAAGGGUAGGGUGAGGGAAAGAGAGUAGGGCAUCACAGAUACCACUGUCUUGUCUCCUGAGGAAGAGAAAGCCUGUCCUUCAGUUACUGGUCCAAUCAUAGGCGGUCACGCCCUCUCUCCUGGCCUCCCGCCCCCUUGCCCUGCCCCGCUUCAAUCUGCUGGGGACCAGCUCCACAAGGAGACCUGCUCUAUAGCCCUGCCUUUCGGACCCUGUGCGAGGCUCCAGGGGGACGAGAAGAACAAAGAGAUCACGAAGACCGAAGACAGGACCGGACUUCCCUGAGGCACUAACAGUACCGAGCCGGAUGCCGCCCCCACCGCCGGCCGCUUUCCAGGUGGUGGUUCUGCUGCUGGGCCUGUUGGGCGAGCUGGGGGUGCUGGCCUGCUGCGGCCUGCCAUUGUGGCGGCGCACCUUGUCCUCAGGCCGGGGCCUGCUGCCGCGUCAGCGGCUGGUGGAGGGGCUCUGGAUCAGCUGCGUGCUGCCAAGCCCCGGCAAGGCCACCUGCCGCCAGAUGUGGAUGGCGCACGGCGGCGAAAUCCCGCUCGACGUCUACGCCUCCCGCUUGCUCACCCUGGUCAGCCUGCUGCUCGGCCUGCUCGGCUUGAGCCUGCACUGCCUGGGCUCGGGCUGCCUCCGCUGGGGCCCGGCGCCCAUUCACCGGCCUCGGCUGCUGGCCGUGACCGCCUUCCUCCACCUGGUGGCUGCCCUGGCCAUGCUGCUGGCCGUCUCCUGGCCCGCCUUCCUGCUGGCCACCGACUACCAGCACCCGCUGCUCUUCGAGCAGUUGGAGGUGUCGAUCGGGCCCUGCAUCUUUCUGGGCUGGACGGCCGGCGGCCUGCUGCUGCUGGCCGGGAUGCUGCUUGGCUGCUGGAGCUGCCGGGCCGGCGGGUCGGCCGCGGGAGCGAGCGGGCAUGCGGGGGGGAAGGGAGGCAAGUGGAGUGACGACGGGGGCAGUAACUUCCUCUGA